ACUAAGACACAAGAUCCAUCACAAACUCUUUCACUCAUCAUACGGCACUAGUGCCGGUAGUUCAACGGCAGAUACGGCCUAGCAUCGGCACCGAACGGAUGUUUUUCGCAUCGGAACUGAUCUCCAAGGUGGUCCAAUCCGAUCGAGAUGAUAGUAGUACCGUAGAUGAGUCAAUAGGCUGCGCAGUGAAUAGUGUCUACUAAGUCUAGAACACACCGCCCUCGGAACCAACUGACACCCGGUGAGACGGACUGACGUUCUUCGCGGUUCGCCAGAGCGUGAAAUCCCCGUGCAAACCUGCAAGCUUACAACGUGCGACGGCCAGAAACCGCAAACCGGAUCACGCGAUGGCCGACGCAGACGCGGACGAUGCCAUUUUCGAUGGAAUUCUCGAGAAGGUCGGCAACGAUGGCAAGUUCCAGCAUCGGUUCAACCUAAUCUUCAACGUGGGAGCCAUCAUGUUCGCGUCGAUGUCCUACAUGAGCAUCAUCCUGGCACUAAACAAACCCCCGCACAACUGCCACGUGCCCGGCAUGGAGCAGUACAACAUCUCCGACGUUGAGAUCUGGAAGAACCUGACGUUGCCGAGGGAAGAGGACAACAAAGGUCUUCUCAGUUACAGCAAAUGUCAGAUGUAUAACGUAACCGAGGAACACUUGCGGGUGCACUACAGCGAAUGGCACUUUCAGGAGUCGGACAUCAUUAAUUGCGCCUACGGUUACGACUAUGAUCGGACAUAUUACGAUCGUACGCCCAUCACCGAACACGACUGGAUCUGUGACAAGGGCUUUCGAGAGACGAACAUUUUCGUGUACAAUCGCUUCGGGGAGCUGGUCGGGACCUUCAUAUUUGGGCAGCUUGGUGACACCCUCGGACGCAAACCGGUGUUCUACUUCAGUGUCCUGAUAAUCACCGCCGGUCGCCUUAUCUCCAUGUUCACGGCUUCAAUCUACAUCGUGUUCUGCAUUGCGGCGGUGUUGGGAUCGCUCACGGCUAAUUCUAUUUUCCAGGCUCCUUUGAUUAUAGCGAUGGAAAUGUCCAAAAGCGAACGUCGAGGUUACAUCUCUAUGAUGCAGUGCAUCGGCUGGACGACGGGACUCUGCAUACUACCGAUGGUGUUCUGGGCGACACGGGACUGGUUUUGGGCGCUUAUGAUCACGACCGUUCCUAUCUUUCUGUUCAUUUUAAUACCCCAAUACCUGAUUGAGUCCCCCCGGUGGCUGGCUGCCCGAGGCAAGUACGGUCGGUCGAUGCGAGAACUGCGGAAGAUUGCCACCAGCAACGGUAUCCGCCGGCUGUCGUUCGACGAACGGACGCUGGAAAAACUCUUCGCCCAACGGAAAAUCGAAACCGUGUACGGCAUGGCGUCCCUGUUCAGCGGCUGGCGGAUGGCGAAGAACACCGUGCUGUGUGUGGUUUGCUGGAUGUUCACCUACGUAACCUACUUCACGCUGGUGCUGUGUAGCUCUAGGCUAGAAGGAAACCCGUUUCUAAACUUUCUGUGGCAGAGCGCAAUCGAGUUGCCGGCGUAUAAAAUUGCUCAGCUGCUGUCGGACAGUUUGGGCCGUCGAUGGACCAACUCCAUGGCGUACAUGUGCGCUUGCUCCCUGUGCGUUCCGAUAUUGUUGAUCAUCCGAAACUCGGAGUACGCAACUGCCACCAGUGUUCUUACGAUUGCAGUGAAAUUUUGCUGCAGUAUCAACUUCUUUGCCGUGAACUUGCAAUCCAUCGAGAUCUACCCAACUUGUUUGCGUCAAUCAGGGCUGGCCUUCGCCGUGAUAAUGUCCAAUCUGUUUGGCAUCUUGGGACCAUACGUGGUACAUUUGGGCAUGGAGUAUGACGUCCGGUGGCCGUUCAUCCUUAUUGGCCUAAUGACCACCGUGGGAGCUGUUUGUUCAUCGUUCCUACCCGAGACCCUACAUCAAGCAUUGCCAGAAUCUAUCGAGCAGGCUCAGAAGUUUGGCAAGAAUCAACGGUUUUGGUCACUGCCGAAGAAACCGAAGUCAUUGCCGAGUAAAGUACUUCAGCAUAGGUUAGAAGAAAGUAAAAUGCUUAGUUCCAGUGAUGAGUGAAUAGACUUACGUGGUGGUGCGGUGUCUACUUAAUUAAUGAUUUCAACAUGUUUUUUGUUUAACAAUAUACCUCAGAUUUCAUGUCAGUA